AGUUCAGUAUACAUUAUCCCUAACGGAAAUAGCGCAUACUGACUUUUGAACUUCAGAUCGCACAAUUUUGCCUAGCCCAGUUGGUGUUGGCGAACUUGAUGAGGAUGGGAAUAUGGUAUACCAGCUGCAAAAUAGCAAAGCGGUCAUCCCUUACAAAAUAUCUAUCGAUCCUCGGUUGCCUAAUUCGUUUUCAUGCGAUGGCGGAGAAAUAGGCUACUGGCUAUCUAUUGUCUUCCACUGUGAUCAAUACACUGUGCAAGAUUCUGUGGCAUUCGAGGCGCGCCAAGUGAAUGUUUAUCAAAUGGAGAGUUUCAAAGCGAUUGACUCUAGUAGUAGCCUCUCGUCUACCAGCUCCAAGGUAGACAUGGGUGGACCAGGAAAACUGGAAGUAGCGGCGUGGUUGGCAUCACCAUCUUUUGGUGUUGUGGAAGGAACUGAAGCAAAGAUCACGUUGUCGAUUCGUAACUUUACAAAGAAAAAAACGCAAGGGAUCAAACUUGAACUGUUUCGAACAGUCAAGAAAUCAAUAUGGGAUGGAAGUGGAGAUAAUGUGAAAAAAGUGGCAGAAGAGGUGUAUUCCACAGACGACAGCCGCUUUGAACCUGGUUUUUAUGCGCAUGUGACAGUGGGGAUUCAACUCCCUGUUGGCUUGUACUCAUCAAACGGGAUUCCCGAGGUUUCCGUUCAUUACUCUAUCAAAGCAUCUAUUUUAGUCCCCCUGAGCGAUCCUAUAGGAUUAGAUAUUCCAGUACGCAUUGUGCGGCCAUACAGUUUCCCUGAAGGAACUGUGAGCAAGCGUCUACCGGAACCUCCUGUCAGUGUUGGCACUCAAACCAAGGAGAUGGAGAAAAGCGAACAGAUGGAUAAUGUCACUAACGUCAUCUCACACGAAGAUCGACUAUUGGCCAUCAGCCAGGAUUUGGAGACGUUGUUGGCUGAUUCAACGAUAUCAAACGACCCUCAGCUUUAUUACUACACUUCGAGCAGCGACGACGAAACAAUGUCGAUAGAAAGCAUGUCGGAUAGUGCUAGCGACGAGAGUGAAACGAAGCAAGCUUAUUUCGUCCGUGCUUGUCAGCCAACCUAUUCAUUCCGAGGCACCAGCAAGUCAAGAAAGCCUUCAGUCCAGUUGACGUUAAACACAACAGGUCAUCGCUAUCAAGAUUCAUUUGACUCACAAGAGACGCAUAAUGCUGGACUAACCAGCGACUCUUCACGUUUCUCACACUGGGCCUCCCAAUACUCGGCUUCGUCGCCACGAACACCAAUAGGUGAGACGGAUGAUGAACAGCAUUCAUUGUUCCGGUUCCGUACGAUGAGUGCCCCUAGCCUGAGACUUCUCGCUGAUGACAUACCAAUGGACACGACGAAACGGCUAUCCAAUCAUAGCCUGUACAAUAGCGGAGACUUCACGACCUCCAAUGAUGAUAUUAAGCCCUACAGUCACAUAUCUCGUCGAAAACACAUACGAGCCAUACCGUGGCGUUCUGGCUUUGAUGAAACUACAGAUGAGAUUUAGAGAAACUAGCAUUAUAUAAUGUUUAUAUAAUAACUAUUGAGAGUGAAAAGUCUACACCAACAAUCGAGAGAUAGAAUAGAGGAAAGUAGACGUUGUUAUGUAAGUUCUGUUAAGAUUUUUGUUUUUGCAUUGUACAUAAAAUUGUAGAUACUGUUGAACAGUACAUAUGUUUCCGAGCAUUGUCAAAAUGUCGCCUUUUUUCUGUAUUUUCUUUUGGAUAUCGCUAGCAA